GAGGAACUAUGUACUAGUAUAACAUCUACGUUGUUAUGUGCCUUAUAUCCCGAAAAUACCAAAUACUACUAACCAAUUAAUUGGGCCAUCAUAUGAUUCCCAUAGAAUAUUCAAUUAUUCAUUAGCCCACUUUCAAAUUCCUUCAUCCAUCCAAUAUUUGGUUGUCGGGCGUCGGCGCCUCACCUUUCCCACGUGCCUUCAACUACGUCAUCCCAACCAAUUAAACCAUAAACAAUUUCCAUAUAAAUAAAACUAAAUAAAUAAAAUUACUUUAAUAAAAAAAAAAAAGCUGAAGUGGACAAAGAGAUGCCACCAAUCUUCCAACAUCAACAACAAAUCACCUCUUUCAUCCUCCAUUAAUUUCCCCAAACUUCCUUCCGUCGUACCAACCACCGUACACGGAGGAGAGAGAAAAUUCUCCGAUCAAAUCAAUCGAUCCAAUCAAUAGUUAACAAUCGAAUAAUUAUUAUUAUUAAUUCAGCAAUUCAAUUCGAAUUUCUCAUUGAUCGAUUGAUUGUUCAACAAUGGCGUUAAACAUGAAAACCCUAACACAAGCAUUAGCGAAAACAGCAGCAGUAAUCGAGAAAACAGUUUCAACAACCGUACAAGAAGUUACAGGUCCAAAACCCUUACAAGAUUACGAAUUAGUCGAUCCGAUUGGAUCAGCGGGUCCUGCUCUUGCUUGGAAAUUGUACUCUGCCAAACCUAGUGGAUCUUCUACUGUUGGGUCGCAGUUCCGCGUUUGUGUUUGGUUGCUUGAUAAAAGGGCGCUUACUGAGGCUCGAACCCGGGCUGGCUUGUCGAAGGCGGCCGAGGAUUCGUUUUUGGAUGUUUUGAGGAAUGAUGCGGGGAGGUUGGUUAGAAUUCGGCAUCCUGGCGUUGUGCAUGUGGUGCAGGCGCUUGAUGAGACUAAGAAUGCAAUGGCAUUUGUGACUGAGCCGCUUUUUGCUUCUGUUGCUAAUGUUCUUGGGGAUUUGCAUAAUGUUGGGAAUGUUUCUAAGGAGCUUAAGAGUGCUAUGGAGAUGGGGUUGCUGGAAGUCAAACAUGGGUUGCUUCAAGUUGCGGAAUCGUUGGAUUUUCUUCAUAAUAAUGCCCGUCUUGUUCACAGAGCGAUUUCUCCUGAGAGUGUCUUAAUUACUGCUAGUGGAGCCUGGAAGCUUGGUGGUUUUGGUUUUGCAGUUUCCACUGAUCAGGCAUCUGGAGCUUCAUUAAGUGCGCAGGCAUUCCACUAUGCUGAAUAUGACGAGGAGGAUUCUAUACUUCCGCUCCAACCCUCUCUUAACUAUACUGCCCCUGAGCUGGUUCGCAGUAAAGAAUCUUCAGGUGGUUGUUCGUCAGAUAUAUUCAGUUUUGGAUGCCUUGCCUAUCACUUGAUUGCUCGUAAGCCUUUAUUGGACUGCCACAACAAUGUCAAGAUGUACAUGAAUACGCUGAACUAUUUAACCAGUGAAACAUUCUCAUCCAUCCCAGCAGAGUUGGUUCCUGACCUACAAAGGAUGCUUUCAUCCAAUGAGUCUAUGAGACCUUCGGCUAUGGGUUUUACAGGUUCAUCUUUCUUUCGAGAUGAUACAAGACUGCGGGCGCUUCGCUUCUUAGACCACUUGCUUGAGCGAGAUAACAUGCAGAAGACUGAGUUUUUGAAAGCAUUGUCGGAUAUGUGGAAGGACUUUGACUCAAGAGUGUUGCAGUAUAAGGUUCUUCCGCCUCUUUGCGCUGAACUUCGCAAUGUCGUAAUGCAACCAAUGAUAUUGCCGAUGGUCCUUAUGAUAGCUGAGUCUCAGGACAAACAAGAAUUUGGGCUAUCAACCUUGCCAGCUCUUGUUCCAGUCUUAAGUUCUGCUUCUGGUGAUACACUGUUGCUGCUUGUGAAGCAUGCUGAACUGAUUAUAAACAAGAGUAAUCAUGAAGAUCUAGUCUCACGCGUUCUUCCCAUGCUUGUUCGUGCUUAUGAUGACACUGAUCCCCGCAUACAAGAGGAAGUUCUGAAAAGGACACUUUCUCUGACAAAGCUUCUGGAUCCUCAGUUAGUGAAGCAAGCAAUAGUUACUCGUGUACAUGGCCUGGCUCUCAAGACUACUGUUGCUGCUGUGAGAGUGAAUGCUUUGCUAUGCUUAGGGGAGUUGAUUCACACGCUCGAUAAAAAUUCUGUCAUAGAAAUAUUACAAACUAUUCAACGUUGCACAGCUGUUGACCGUUCUCAGCCAACUCUUAUGUGUACUCUUUCGGUUGCUAACUCUAUCUUGAAACAGUAUGGAACAGAGUUUGUGGCAGAACAUGUUCUCCCUCUACUUACUCCUCUUCUAAUCGCUCAGCAAUUGAAUGUCCAGCAGUUUGCAAAAUAUAUGGCCUUUGUCAAGGACAUUUUAAGGAAAAUAGAGGAGAAAAGAGGAGUAUCUGUGUCUGACUCUGGCAUUCAUGAGGUUAAAUCAUCUCCUGCACUAGGAUCUAUGACGGCACCACCUAAAAAAAUGAAUGGAACACUGUCUGACACAGCUGUGAAGAAGGGGCAAUCAUGGGAUGAAGACUGGCCUGUCACAAAGAAAUCGGACACAUCUAGCCAAUUUCAUCCAACAAAUAUAUCAUCUUCAAUGAAGCCUGUUGAUGAGAAUUGUUUGACGAAUGGUGUUUCCAUGCAAUCCCAUUCAUCCGUGUUACCUUCUGUUUCUGAUUCACAACUGAUGAAUUCUUGCCCGUCUAUUGAUAUUGAGUGGCCACCUCGUACAGCUGGUGUAACCUCUCUAACAAGUAAUAAUGAGAUGCAAAAUCAGGGAUCAUCUAAUGCAGGUUUUGAUGAAAUUGACCCCUUUGCUGACUGGCCCCCUAGACCUACUGGUUCUGGAAUUUCAAACAACGGAAUUUCAGGACUAUCCACUAACAAGCUUGCUUCCAGCUAUAGCACAGGCUCUUCAAACAGCACAACUCCCCAGAACAUCAAUUUCUCAAGCUGGGCUUCUAGUACUCCAAGUUCUAUUGAGCCAUCAAAACAAUAUCAGGGAGUUUCAGGAUUGAACGGGUUGGCUUUUGAUAACGGGCUAGGAUAUGGGCAGCCAUUAGGUGCUCUGAAACAAAAUCAUGGCAGUUCUAAUUCAGGGAAUUCGAAAGAUCUUGGUUCCAUUUUCUCAUCUCCCAAAACUGACCAUAAUGCCCUUAGACUGGCUCCACCACCCUCCACUGCUGUUGGUAGAGGGAGGGGUAGAGGCAGAGGAGCUCAUGGUCAUUCUUCUGGCAUGGCUACUGGUACACGUAAGCCAGCUUCUGAGCAGCCACCACUUAUGGAUUUGCUAUAAAGGAUUGUAUCCAUGGUUCGUAUGUAAUGAACAGGGUAAUGUCAAAGAUAACAAGUUGAGUAUUAGUGAUGUCGAUGGGUAUAUAUAUGCCUGGAUUUCAAUUCAGUGCUUCGAUGAUGAUUUUCGGACUCAUACAGCUGGGACAUUGUGCCAGCCAGGCAGCCAUGGAAUGAUAUAUGCUUGUUGCUUCCUUUGUAUCACUUGUAGAAUUUUGUAACGAAAAUCUUACAUAUUUAUUUUGUGCCAUUUGAUUUCAUUUUUCCCCUUUAGAAUAUUUUUUGGAUGGCCAGCCUUUGUACACAUAAUGACGUUGCAACAUCCUGAAAUAGAAACAUAGUGAGGAUUUUUAUUUUCUUUUUGUAUAAGAGAAUGUUAAAUAGUCUUGUAGCAAACAAAUAAUGAGAUUGUUACCACUUGGUUGAAUGACACUACCUAUUUUACUUA